CCGCCCGCUGCUGCCGCCGCAGCGCCGCCGCCGCCAUCUUGGGGGCGGUGAUACACGGCGGGACGGGCUCCUCCUCCGGGCCCGCUCCGCGAACAUGGUGCUGUGGGGGAAACUGGCGCAGCCGGUGCGCAGCCUGGGCAAGGUGCCGCCGCCGGGCACCUGCAGACGCUUCUGGGGAUGGCUGAACGCCGUCUUCAACAAGGUGGACUACGAGCGCAUCCAGGCCGUGGGCCCCGACAGGGCGGCCUCGGAGUGGCUGCUGCGCUGCGGUGCCCUGGUGCGCUAUCGAGGCUACGACAAGUGGCAGCAGGACUACAACGGCCUCCCCACCGGCCCCCUGGAGAAAUACAAGAUAGAAGCAAUUAACGCCACGGACUCCUGCAUCAUGUACAGAGGAUUUGACUAUUUGGAUGGUCUCGAACACGUUACGGAGAUCAAGCUGCAGAAGUGUAUUUACAUACAGGACGAGUGUCUGCAGAGGCUCAGCGAGACGAAGAACCUGCAGAAGAGCCUCCUCCAGCUGCAGAUCAUUUCCUGUGGGAAUGUCACAGACAGAGGCAUCGUGGCGCUUCACAAGCUGAGGAACCUGGAAUAUUUGUAUCUGAGUGACCUCCCUGGAAUAAGAGAGAAAGAAACUACUGCUCACGUCCUUCAGCAGGCGCUGCCCAACCUCGAGCUGGAGCUGGAUUUGGAAUAAACACCCCAGCGCAUAAUCAAGAUGUAUUUGACUUCACAGUAUUUAUUGGGUGUUGCAUAAAUUAAGUUGUAGA